CGAGUGCGCAGAACGGAGCGGAUGGGGGCGCUGGAGGAGGCUGGUCCUCUCUCGGAGCUCCUGCUUGCAACUCUGAGCGGCUUCCUGCUCUCUCUCCUGACAAACGGCUCGUUCUCAUCGCUGAUCAUGUGCUUCACUCUCCGGCUCGGCUGCAGGAAGUUGGACUUGCUGCGUUUCUUCCCUCCUCGCUCGUCUUGACAGCCUUGUUUUCUCCUCCCCCUUUCUCCUGUUUUCGCCCUGGCUUCCAUCUCUCUCUUCGUCCGGGCGUGAGAGAGAGACAAGAGCCGACAAGCUGGCUCUGUGAAGCCGCAGGAGCUGGCGGUGAUUACCCCCCCCCCUCUUCUCACCCCGGACACAGAGAGCAGGUCAUGGAGGCUCUGGCGGAGGAGAAGGGGCUCUGGGCGUCGGACGACUCGCAGCCCCUGCCUACUUUGAGCCCGGCCGUGCCACCCUACGUCACUUUGGGCCUGACGGUGGUCUACACCGUCUUCUACUCUCUCCUCUUCAUCUUCAUCUACAUCCAGCUCUGGCUGGUCCUGCGGUACCGACACAAGCGCUUCAGCUAUCAGACUGUGUUCCUGUUCCUGUGCCUGCUGUGGUCGGCGCUGCGCACCGUGCUCUUCUCCUUCUACUUCAAGAACUUUAUCACAGCCAACACUCUGGGGCCCUUUCCCUUCUGGCUGCUCUAUUGCUUCCCCGUUUGCCUGCAGUUCUUCACACUCUGCCUCAUGAACCUGUACUUUGCGCAGGUUAUUUUUAAGGCAAAGUCCAAAUAUGCACCGGAGCUUUUGAAGUACAGGCUGCCACUGUAUCUCACCUUCCUGUUCAUCAGCCUGGUGUUUUUAGUUGUCAAUUUGGUGUGCGCCCUGCUGGUGAGGAUGUCCUCUGCAGAAGCCCACACCAUCGUGCUAGUGAGGGUCGCGAUCAACGACACGCUCUUCGUCCUGUGCGCCAUCUCGCUGGCCUUGUGUCUUUACAAGAUCGCCAAGAUGUCGCUGGCCAACAUUUACCUGGAGUCCAAGGGGACAUCAGUGUGCCAGGUGACAGUUAUAGGAGCCAUCGUCAUCCUUCUGUACGCAUCCAGGGCCUGCUACAAUCUGGUGGUGCUGGCGCUCUCAAACAAGAGUAUUAACUCCUUUGACUAUGACUGGUACAACGUUUCAGACCAGGCAGACCUACAGUCGACUCUGGGCGACACCGGCUACAUCGUCUUCGGAGUGAUCUUGUUCGUGUGGGAGCUGCUCCCCACAUCUCUUGUCGUUUUCUUCUUCAGAGUUCGACAGCCUAAACUGGACAGGAGUGGCACUGGGCUUCCUGGUCACGUCUUCUCCUCUAGGGCCUAUUUCUUUGACAACCCGCGGCGUUACGACAGUGACGAUGACCUAGCGUGGAGCGUAAUGCCUCAAAACAUCCAAGCCAGUCUCGCCGCUGACAGUUACGAGUGGGGGAGCCAAAGCGGCGGCAUCGGCGCCUACAUCGGCGAUGACACUUACAACUUCACUCCUCCUCCAGAGGAGCUCAGCCACUACUGACAGGAGUUCAUGAUGACUCCCUCGGACCUGUGGCUUUGUUUUGUUUUUUUAAAAAUUGUAAAGUUUUGCACACUGACUGACCGACCAAGGCACACUGGGAUCAAAGUGCCCUUCAGACUUCAAACAUCCAAUUUUCUAUUUUGUCUAAAGAACUAAUAGACUUUUGUUGCCAGUAUAUAUACAGACCCAGUAAAGGGACGUGAUUUUGCACACUCUUUGUACAAAGCCUGAUCUGCUCGUAAAGGUUUAUAUUGAAUACUACUUAAUAUAUUUCCUGAUCUCUGUAAUAUGUACUGUAUUUCUGUUUUAUGUAACAUCUAUGAACAAGUUUCCUUUUUUCAUACAGAUUUGUUUAUAUAGAGAAGAUAUUCAUUUACUUCAUAUUAAAAAACAAAAAGGAAAAAUACUGUACGAAUGAAGUUUAGUUUUAAUAUCGCACCAGAAUAGUUUCUAUGUGGAUCUCUUACAGCUUUGGCAGCUACAGAUUCUCUGUCUAUGACAUUAACACAUGAGGAGGAUGUCUUUUUAGGAAUCUCUAGUAAUUCUCAGUACAUAAAUGUCAGUGCCUUAAGCUAGAUAAGCACAAGAAACUAACUGUAAAGAUACUUCAACGGUCUUGCUAGAAAACAGAAAGAGAUGGCUUUCCUCUCCAGCUUCUAUUAAUGAUGAUGAAACACUCAAAGGAGAACUCACAAGGGUUUGUUGUCACUUAGGGGAAAAAAAUCUAUGAAAUUUGAAUCAGAGGUUCCAGAUUGGGUACUGAUGAUUAAACUCUCUUUAGGGAGUGAUCUGUUUUCUUUAAACACCUGACAACAAGGACUUGUCCUCUCUGCUAUUAGAAGCGUGGAGGGUCAUCUUUAAAGAUCUGAAGCCAUAGAAUUGAUUUUAAACGAACCUCAACAUUGUGUCAAAUCAUUCUACAGUAAGGGAGAUUUCAGCGCAGUAUCUGCAGAUGACUAGAAAAAACUGGAUAGCUGAGAUAACCACAUUGAUGGAAACCAAAGAGAGCUUGCUAGAAUAACCUCAUUUCACCCAUGACAGGAUGAUGGCGCAGAUGUUACAGUUUGUGGUUGCUUAACUGCCUCAGAAAUUUGGCGGUGUGCACUUGUGGGUUUAACAAUGGAAAAAAAGCCAGUUACUAUUAUUCAAAUCUAAUCUAUCUGUACUUAAUGUCAUGGAGCAUUUUAAUUUCUGUCCUUUUAAACUGCAACUCCAGUAUCACACGUUUCAGAAUUUUAGCUAUGUCACCUUUACUCAUAUUACUCGUGGCAAAUCUUCAAACCCUACCUAAUACAAAUAGGUUUAGGUGAACCCAUGACGACUGUUACAUAAUGAUCAUGCUCAGUGACUAAUAACAGCUUCUGCAGCCCUGACACAUUUUCCCAUUGAGCUGUGAUGAAAAGGAGAGCACUUCUGAGCACAGACACGUCAGCUCUUCUCUAGAACGGAACGGCGUAAAAUCACUAAAAAACAAAAAGAGCACAAAGACAGCAUAUCAAUUGUUGAAACUGAGAAUUUUUUAUUUUUAUUUCCAAAAAUAGAUGCUCAUUUCAAUUUGAAGCCAGCAACGCAUCUAUGGACAAAAAACCUCCAAACAAACAAACAAAAAAAAGAUGCAGUACAGCAAGUUUCCUGCAGGGAGCAGCACAGAUCUUUGUACUGUAUAUGGUGCAACCAGUACUUCACAUAAAAACCAAGUCCUUUUCAAGGAUACUGUCUAAGCAUGUGUCUUGCAAACUUGAUGUUGAGUCUGAUAAUUCAUGUUAAGCCUGAAUAAUGUGAGGAAAAGCUGCAUAAGACUGUUCAACAUUGGAAGAUGACGAUUUGCAAUAAAACCAAUUCUGAAAUGUG